UCUAGUGCAUGCGUAGGAAAGGGUUCCGUUUCCGGUUGUCAAAAAAAUAAUGCAAGAAGUUUGAAAGUGUUUGAUUGACGAUAGUGAGAAAGAGGUAGAGAGAGAGAGAAAAAAAGAAAAAGAAAGAAAGACCAGGACAGAAAACUAACAAAAAUUUGCAGUGGGCGUACAUAUAUUUAAAAAGAGAAUGAGUUAGAACUUUCGAUGUCAUCCACAGUAGUUUUAACACAAGAUGAGCAUCAUGCUCCACUAGCAGAAGAAAAUGAGUCUGAGGAAUACAGAGAAGCAGAGCUAAUAGCAUUUGACAACUGUUUCAAGGGAGUAGGAAUUAAGAUUUGUGGUGGAUGUAGCAGAGAUGGACGAGAGGUCAAUGGGAUUUUUAUCAAAAGAAUCUUACCGGGAGGACUUGCAGAUCAAGACGGUAGACUGCAGCAAGGGGAUGAAAUAUUGUCUGUCAAUGGUGAAAGUUUUCAAGGAAUAACAAAUGACAGAGCAGUGGCCAUUUUGCGCCAAGCUUCAGCUUCUAAUCAAGUGGAGAUGGCUGUAGCUCGAGAUGAACAAUCAAAAGCUGAGUUUCUGGAAAUUCUAGAGAAACAAAAUGGCGCGAGUUUUCCUUGCACUCCAGUUCCAAUGGAAAGCCAAGGAAAAAAAGAAAUUUCGAAUCCAGUAAUGGUGAAUGGUUCAUCAGGCCAUGACAGUAAUUCUCCAAGAUAUUUAUCGGAAACAAGUCCUCAGGAGUUACGAAUUGAAGAGAUUGUACAACAUCACAGAAAUAACCAGGAUCAUGUCGUCCCCGAAAGUUUUUCAUCCAUAAGAGAGCAUCAUCAGCCUCAUUUAACUCCAAAUGGCAGACACUUGAUUCCCAGCAUGACAUCCACACCACAUAACGAAGGAGGAAAAGUGACCAACAAUUUGCCACCCCUGUAUUCCAUGGAUCACUCCCCAGUACUGGGAAGUAUGACAACGACAUCGGACCCAUUCACAAGUGUGACUUCCACUGAGUCAUCCAGAUACCAGAAUAUGUCAAAAUCAAGAAAACUGUCAUUAGACCCCACCGUUAGGCUGAAAAUUGAGAAACUAGAAGUGGCAUUGCGAUACCUUGGGCUGGAGCCUUCAGAGGAACAAGAUGUCUGUCUGAGAGAACAGUUAAAAGUAGACUCCUCUGGAACUGUCAAUUAUGGAGAUUUUGUAGCUGUUGUCAGGGAUGUGUUUAAAGAAGAGUUGCAGAAGAAGAAAAUUGAUCCUCGUGCCAUGUUGUUUGCAGCUAAUGAUAUUAAAGAUUUUGUGGAGCCACCACCAUUCAGACACAUAGAAAAUCACUUUCACAGCUUUAUAGAUGAGAACAGUGAAUUUAUACAAGAAAGAGAUGUGUUACAUCUAGAAGUUCAACGCCUGCGGUUUAAACUACAGGAAAGUGAGAUUGCUAAAUGCCGAGCAGAGGGAGAGUUGCACAAUAUUCAAUUGAAAGCCCAGGGUGCCAUGAAGAAAGUGGAGAUAGCAGAACGAGCUCAGAGAGAGGCAAGAAAUGUGGAGAAGGAUUAUGAGGAAGUAGUGCAGCUCCUAGAGGCUGAAGUGGCCAAACUCAAGGAGGAGCGCAAAGCAAAUGUCACAAAUAAUGCAGAUAGUCAGCAACAAAUGGCAGUAUUUUCCUGUCAGUUAAAGAAACUAGAAUCAGAAAAGAAGACAUAUGAAGUGGCUACAGAAAAGUUAUUACAGUUUGCUGAGAAUGUGCAUGAAACAAUGAUGUCACAAGGAAACAGUGUGGGAUUGAAGAAAGGUGACCCAGCCAGAGGGAAUCGUCCACCAGCUUACCUGGGCAGACAUAAACAAUUCAACCCCAAAACCAUUGCUGCUGAGGCCAAGGAGGUUGUUUCUGCUGUCAGAUCCAUCAUCGAGAAAGAUCCUUUACCAUAUGGAUGGGAGGAGGCUUACACAGCAGAUGGCAUGAGAUACUAUAUAAAUCAUGUUACACAGACAACGACAUGGUCACACCCUAAAACAGGUGUCCAACACAUCACUUCAUCUUUAGAUUGCAAACCAGUAGCAGACAGAAAAUUUUCAGCUUAAUUGUGCCAUAGAUACUGUAUUUGACGUUAUUUUUUUGCUUUUAUUGUAGUUAUUAACUUGCACAUACAAUGUAGAUCAUUUCUGAACAAAGCAAAUCUUAGUUUCACUAUGUAUCCUAAGUAAUACACUGGCAAUGUAUUAUCGUGUUUCCCAAACAAAGUCUGGGAACAUAUUGUUUGUACUCUGCUUCUUAUUUCGUUUCCCCCAAGUAGAAUCUACAUGUAUUAUCUCUUUUUAAUCUACAUGUAUUGUCUCUUUCAAUUUGAUUGAAAAAAUACAAUUUUUGCUAUACUUUUUUUGACAAUUCAAUACAUUAAAAUAACAAGAUGAAACUUGCAGAUCAAAUUACCUUUUAGAUUGAUUAUCUCUCGUUGAAUUUGUUUUGAUGUGCUAAAAUCACUAGUAAAAAAAAGAAAAGAAAGUAAACUGACAUCAUUUUAUCCAGAUUUUCUUAAAUGAAGGAAAAUCUUGCAGCUUCAAUAAAGUGUGCCUGUUUUCAUAGCUAUGUUAGUUUAUUAAUCAAUUCAAACCCCAUACAUUUUCGUUUUCUAUUACUCUGUAUUCACAAAGAACUUUAUGUGAACACCAAUAUUUUUCUGUAAAUAUUUUGAAUGUAUGAAAGCAGCCUAAUUUGGUUUGAAAAAUUAUUGUUUUGAUAUUACAAAUGUAUAUUAGAUUUACAGCUCUCCAUACAAUAUUUAUAUUACAUGAAGAUCAAAAUUUGUUGUAUUGAAAUAUAGUCAACAGGAUUCAACAUGGCUCCCUAAACAGGAGAUUAUUUUCGGUCAUUAUUUGAUGGUUUCUUGACACUGGUGUAUUGGAAAAAUGUGUUAGGAAUUUCUUAUGCUGUGCUUUUGAGGUGACUAUUUAAAAACACAGAUAUAAGACCUUAAUCAUGUGCUGGUGAAGUUGAGACGUAAAUCAAAGGUUUUUAAAAAGGAUGGAUCAGUAGAUCUCUGGUCUAUCAAAAAGAAAUUCCCAGAGAUCUUCAAGUGCUCUCUUUUAACCAAUCUUGAAAAUUCAAAUUUUUUUUCUGUUAACAACUUUUCAACUUGCUAUAAACAAUUCUUUAAAAAAAAAUAAUGAAAACUACUAAAUUUGUUUUUAUACAUGUAAAAUGAAUUCAAUUUAAUUACCAUAUGAGAUGUAAUUUAUUCCCAUGAUUUCUCAUUUCAGUCUAAAAGAGAGGAAAAUUUAUAUAGGGAGGGAUAAUAUAUUUCAACUUUUGAACAUCAUAGAAAAUUUACAAGUCGCUUAUUUUUUUAUGCCCUCCUUCAAAGAAAAGGGGCAUAUUCCUCUGCACCUGUUGGUUGGUAGACUGCAUGUUAUCUGCUCAAUAUCUUGAGAACCAUUCACUUGAUCGUAAUGAUAUUUCAUAUGUGGGUUGGUUAUGAAAAGAAGAGGACCCCUAUUGUUUUUCAGGUCAAAAGGUCAAGGGCAAUCUACUCUGGACAUAGGAAUAUACUGUCCACUCAAUAUCUUGAGAACCCUUUGCUUGACAGACAUCAAACUUGUUACACUGGUACAUCCUAAGGAAUAGAUGACCCCUAUUGAUUUUGAGGUCAUAUGGUCAAGGGUCAAACUGGACAUAAUAAUAUACUGACCACUAUGUGUCUAGAGAACCCUUUGCUUGACAGACAUCAAACUUGGUACACUGGUACGUCUUCAGGAGAAGAUGACCCUAUUGAUUUUAAGGUAACAUGGUCAAAGGCCAAGGGUUAAACUGGACAUAGUAAUAUAUGCAAAGUAAUAGUAAUAUGCAUAGUAAUAUAUUGUCUCCUAUAUUUUAAGAAUUAUUUGCUUGAUUGACACCAAACUUGGUACACUAGUACAGCAUAAGGAGUAGAUUAUGUUUGAUUUUUAGGUCACAUGGUCAAUCCACUCUUGAAAUAGGAAGAUAUUGUCUGCUCAAUAUUUUGAGUUGGUGAUACUACUAUCAAUUAAAUGAUGCAUGUGUAUAACCCUUUUCAAUUUUGCACCAUGGGGGCAUAAACCAUAUAGAUAUGGUUUACAAACAUCUCUUUUUGAAAAAAAGAUUCACCACCAAACGAAACCAAAAAGUAUAAAUCAACCCAUGCAUCCAGAUAUAUAUAUUAUAUGUAUAGUUUUUGUAUCAAGUGUUUUGUAUUGCUUAAUUUUAUAUUUCUUUUUACAAACGAUACUAAAAAAUGCUAUGAUUUCCCCAUAUGCAACUUUUAGGAGCCUUUUUAUUUAAAACUCUUCUAUGCUUUUAAUCUCAGCUUAUUCUGAAAACAUGUUUAAGAUUUGAUGGUUGUGAUGCAAAGUCUAGUCAUGAGCAAAAGAUAUUUUACAGCCAUACCUCAUCCUUUCGUUUUUGUUUUGUUUUUUUACAUGUAAAGAGAUAAGUUGAUAUUUUAUUUCAAACAUACAUUUUUGCAUUCAGUAUAGUUUUCAGUUGAGCUAGUAUGAAAGUGAAAAUACGAUUGAUGCCAUGAAGUACAUACCUGUACAGUGUACUUAGAAAUCAUUUGAAGUUGUGGAAUCCAAUUUUAAUGUCUGUGUUUUUGUAGGGAAACUUUGUCUCUAGACAGGUUGUACCCACAUUGAAAGCAUUAUUCUGUUUAGAUUGUGAAUUUUAAAUGUGCAGGAUUUUGUACCAAAUUUUCAUUAUUUGUCCUUUAUAUGUGAGCCUUUCAAAACAUGAUUUUGAAUACCAUUUCUCAGUACAAACAUUUACUUACAGCAUAAGAAAUACAGUAAAGACCAAUGUUCUCUGUAAAGAUUUUCUUGCACAUCAGCAGCUUGCAAACUUCAUUGUUUCAUCCACAGGACAAUUAAAUAUAUAGGUCAUUAUAUUAGUUCAAUAGAACUUACUAAUAUGGUAAUAAAGUAAUUUAUUACUAUAUACAAUUUAGAUGUACAGUGUCUUCCAUUUUUUUUGUUUAGUUGUAAAUGUUUAAUCUAAACAAUGCACCUAUUUGCAUUAAUUAGCUUAUUAUGAUGUUUUUUAAAUCGGAUCUUGUGACUUUAUUCUCUCAGAAUUUCCUCCGUCCCUUUGUAUUCCAAUCAUAAUGGUAAAGGAAAUAAAUUUAUGUCAAAAGUUUAA